CGGCCGAAUCAAUUCGUCUCCCAUGACCAGUAAUAAGUAACAGAAAAGCUUUACAUUAGCAGCGAAAUUUAAAGAAUUUUCAAAACGGCCAAACGGGAAGUGAUUAGUUGGUGCGUCUGAGAAUAUGGAAUAUUACAAUACAAGCUCUCCAGCAGAUACGUAUAGCAAUGUUUCCGUCGUACUAUUUCCUCAAGCCAGAUUAUCUGCUGAAGGCCGCUUAUUGGGCUGGGACGUACCACCAGAUGAAAUACGACACAUUCCCGAACAUUGGCUGCAAUUCCAGGAACCUCCAGAAUCCUUGCACUACCUUUUAGCCAUGUUGUACAUUUUUUUCACCAUAAUGUCGUUGAUCGGCAAUGGCUUAGUCAUUUGGGUUUUCUCAGCGGCCAAAUCAUUAAGGACUCCCUCUAAUAUCUUGGUUAUAAACUUGGCCUUUUGCGAUUUUAUGAUGAUGUCAAAAACUCCGAUCUUCAUUUAUAACAGCUUCAAAAAAGGCUUUGCUCUGGGCAAUUUGGGAUGUCAAAUAUAUGGGAUAAUCGGUUCCUACACAGGUAUAGGUGCGUCGGCCACAAAUGCCUUCAUUGCUUACGAUCGUUACAAUGUAAUCACACGACCUAUGGAGGGCAAGAUGACACAUGGCAAGGCGAUACUGAUGAUAGUCUUCAUUUACAUGUACGCGACUCCCUUCGUUGUGGCGUGUGUUACGGAGAGUUGGGGGAGAUUUGUACCUGAGGGCUUCUUGACAUCAUGCACCUUUGAUUAUUUGACCGACAAUUUUGACACCCGGCUUUUUGUGGGUACCAUCUUCUUCUUCAGCUUCGUUUGCCCUACUGCAAUGAUCAUUUACUACUACAGUCAAAUUGUAGGACAUGUAUUUAGUCACGAAAAGGCACUUAGAGAUCAAGCAAAAAAAAUGAACGUGGAAUCGCUGCGAUCGAAUGUGGAUAAAACCAAAGAUACCGCUGAAAUUCGUAUAGCCAAAGCCGCCAUCACAAUAUGUUUCCUAUUCUUUUUGUCGUGGACGCCGUACGGUGUUAUGUCUUUGAUCGGGGCUUUCGGCGAUAAGAGCCUUUUAACUCCGGGAGUGACUAUGAUACCGGCCUGUACUUGCAAGAUGGUCGCUUGCAUAGAUCCAUUUGUGUAUGCCAUAAGCCAUCCAAAAUACAGGCUUGAACUACAGAAACGUUGUCCCUGGUUGGCAAUCAACGAAAAAGCUCCAGAAACAUCAAGCACAGCAUCAACUACAACGCAGGAACAAGCUUCGCAACAAACCACGUCGGCUUAAAAUCCCGAGGAGACAAAUAUUUUUACUUUGAAACCUACCGCCCCAUUUGACGAAGGCUCGGCUAUGAACACGGAUCUCGAACGUUACACUGCGCAACUGAAUGACCUGGCAAUACUUUAUGAUUAUUCUGAAAUGUAUUAACGAUACAUGGAAAUCGGACAAGGUGGAUGCACUGUUAUCCACCUGCCAAAACACAAUCUACCAAAAAUGUAUUUUUCUUCUUUUGUAGUCAAUGUUUUUUGUUAAUAAAAAGAAAAUUAGUAUUUACAGCAUGCAAUUACCAGAAAA